AUGGAACGCGAGCUACUGCGUUCCUCGAGUCACCGCGGCUCGUUCCCUUCCACCCCUGUAGGCGUGCUGGACUCGUCGGCACUUACGGGAGCUGACGCGGCGUUAAGCUUCGAGGCCGCCAAGCACCGCGCCGUGAAACAAGGCCAGACGUUUCUAAAGCUCCUCCAAUCGCUGCUCUUCCCGCUGCCCACGCCUGCCGCCAGUCAGUGCCUGCCUGAUUUCCCUGAUGCGCUCCAUUGCAUUGCUCGCUCAGUGUGA